UGAAUCCUCCACUAUGCUUGCUCUGCAGCUCCUGUUCAGGGCCAGCCCUGCAGCCCUGCUUCUGGUUCUCUGCCUGCAGCUGGGGAUCAGCUCAACUCAGGAAGACACAAUCAGUCGGAAGACACUGAUAGUCAAUAUGGAGAUGCCGAAGAAAGCAAGAGCAGGUGAAGAGGUCACCUUGAAACUUAAAGUUCAGACAGAAUUGAGAGAAUGCGUGGUGAUUAAAGCUUACCUCAAGAGCAACAAGUCAGUUGAUGGUCCCUUCACCUACAAAUACACCACCUGCCUCUGCGAAGAUUACCCAAGAACCUUCUACUGGGACAUCCAGACCAACAGCACCUUACAGGUUGCAGCAGUGGUUGACAUUAUUUGGGAAAAAAAUAUCUGCCCUAAAGAUGAUGCAGUGAUACCUAUCAAAGGAGUUCGGGUUGCUAAAAUCAGUACCCUGUUCAUAAAGUAAUGGAAAUCCUUGUGUAUGUCAAAAUGUCCAUUUAGUUUCCUAAGUAAGUAUGGCUAGGGAAUCUGUUGCAAGCUCUAAAGAAAAUUUCUAGCCAGCUCCAUUUAUUUUGUUGCACAUCCCUUCAAAAUCUGUCCUUAAAAUCCUCCCAGAACACCAAAUUUCUGUAAUAUUAGUCUUUCAAAGAUCUUUUAUGGAGGAGACUUUAUAGGUCUCACUACACAUUGGUGUAAAGGGACAGAGAAGAAAUAGAGAUAAGAAAAUUCUCUCUCAUAGAGAACAAAGAUUUUGUUCACAAAACCAAGAGGAAAUGACAGGCAGAAACAGGACAGGCAGCCAAGAUGUUACUUGGACAUCUCCACCGCAUUCAGGAGAUCUGCCCUCAGAUGUGAAGACAAGAGAGCUGCACUGUGUGCCUCAAAGACAGGGACAGACCCUGUAGUCCUGACAAACCCUAAAGAAAUUUUACAUAAAAAGGAAAUAAAAACCCAAAUCAAUGCAAUGCAAAAGGAAAAAUCACUAUGGAUACCACUGAAAUCCUGAAGAUUAUUAAUAACUACUUUGAAAACCUGUACUCCAAACAGUUGGAAAAUCAACAAGAAAUGGAUAGAUUCUUGGUACAUAUGAAAAACCACACUGAACCAAGAAGAUACUAAAAUCUGAAUAAUCCAAUAAGAAAUUGAAGAAAAGAAAUUGAAGCAGUAAUAACAAUAUAUCAACUAAGAAAAGUCAGGACCCAAUGGAUUCAUCACUAAAUUCUACAAGAACUUCAGGGUUGAUCUAAAGCCAGUUCUCCUCAAACUCUUUAAUGCAACUGAAAGGGAAGUAGUACUCCACAAGUUAUUUCUGAAAGAUGUCAUUGCCCUGAUUCCAAAACCAGACAAUAAUCCAACCAAAAAUGUAACAUAUAGGCCAAUCUCUUUAAUAAACAUAGAUGCAAAAAAUCCUCAACAAGACACUGUCAAGAAGAAUGCAACAAAUUCUCAAAAGGAUCAUACAUCUUGACCAAGUAGGCUUCAUUCCAGGGAUGCAAGGAUGGUUCAACUUAGAAAAUCAAUGAUUGUGACAUACCAUAUAAACAGAAGCAAUAUAAAAACCUUAUAAUGUUCUUAUAAAUGCAGCAGAAGUCUUUGACAAAAUCAAUAAAAUAAAAUAAUAAAACCCCAAAGAUAGUAGGUAUAGAAGGACCUUAUCUCAAUCUGAUAAAAGCCAUUUAUGAUGAACCUCCUGCCAAUAUAAUAUUAAACGGG